AUGCCAACACGCAUCCCUUUUCAAGUGGUGUACUGCUCAGGCGCUGACGAUGGCUUCUCCGCGACACAGCUGGAGAUACCGAACCCAGCUGCCAAGGGCUGGCAGUCCCCAAAGUUCUGUCAGUGGCCUCAGGUCAUCAUCCUGAAGUUGCACACCAUCACGCGCGUUCGCAAGAUCCAAAUGCUCUCACACCAAUACAAAAUCGCCACCAAAGUGGAUUUGUAUGUUGGAGCCGUCAAGGACGGCAGCAGCAACACCUUGAAGGACACCACCUUUACCAAACUCGGCCAUGUGAAGCUGUCUGACAACACUGCAUCAGACUUUGCCUCGCGCGAACUCAAAUCGGUACACGUGGACGCCGUCGGGCAGUAUGUCAAGCUCCAGUUUCAUGUGAACCACCUCAACCCACACAACAUCUACAACCAGGUUGGCCUGGUUGCACUCAACAUUCUUGGCGAUGGGGCGCCCGGUGGUGUUUCCAUCCGCACACAAGGCGAUGUCAGCCUCGCUCGGCUGGCUGAGAAGAUGCUGCCCGUGACGCCGCCAACGCUGCAGACGCUGACAACGAAGAGCUCGUCGAUGGUGGAUGUGCUGACGUCUGGACGCAUCAACGACGAGAACUACCACGAUGAAUCAUCGCGCGGUGACGACGGCCUUGACCCGCGCGUGCUCGGGCUCAUCAACAAACCAGCGACCGUGGACGAGACAGACGACAUGCAGUUCUCGCUCACACAGGACCCAAAGACGGCGGAGAGAAUAUUGCAGCUGAAAGCAGAGAAACAGCGCGCCAUUGCAGAAGAGCGGUAUGCGGAUGCUGGGCGAAUCAAAGGGGCGAUUGAUUCGCUGAUUGAGAACGGGCGGCUGCUCGGGGAAAUGGAGACGAAGAAGCUUGCGGCGGUCUCCCGUGAGGACUUUGAGGCGGCGCAGGCCAUCAAGGACGAGAUUGACCGUAUCAGGAUGCAGCUCGAAACACAGCUUGGAUUGGGCAAUCUUCUCAAGCCGCAGCAGCAGCGAAACUCGACAGCGUCACAAGGGCAGCUUUCGGGGCAACUGCAGACGGCCCUUGCCAUGGGCAGCUUACCAACGAGCACGCCGCUGCCGAGCAUCCCGUCCUCUUCUGCUUCGCCGUCCAACACAUCCGUCUCCCUGCAGCAACAGCAGCAGCAGCAACAGCAACAGCAGCAACAACAGCAGCCACAACCACCACAGCAACAACAGCGAGCGUCAUCACCGCCUCUGCCAGCGUUACAGAACCGGUCCCAGCAACAACACAUACCUGAGUACCCACAGUCACCCCAACAUGUGCAGCAGCAGCAGUCGCAGCAGCAACAAUCUCGGCAGCAGCACCCGACCUCCCCACCGCUCCCUGCACAGCGCACGGCAGCAGCAAGAUCGUCGUCGCCACCGUUGCCUGCUGUUCGCAAGCGGCUGGAGGAGGGCGGGUUCCCUGGCAACGCCGCUGCUGAUGCUGACGAUGACAGCCUUCCCAGUCGCUUCCGCGACUCGCCAACAGCACCAUCGCCACAGCCGCCACGACCGCCAGCCAAGCCGCGGUCUGCAGCAGCGCGGAAACCACGCGCAAAGGCAAAGCCGGCACCGCGAAAGCCCGGCGGUGCGGGUACAGCAGCAGCAGCAAACGCACGCGCACGUGCGCGCGGGGCGAAGCGGACCGGUGGUCCACCAAGGCGCGGCAGGGGAGGGGCGACGGCCAAGUUGAGCGAGGACGAGCCGCCAGAGCUUGACGACGUGAAGCGCGGGAUUGCGAGCGAUUGCAUCAGUGUAUUUGGGGAGGACACGGCUCGUUACAUCAUGUCGCCCCAGUGGGCGAACAAGGCGGACGGCCUGCAGGAGGUGCUCAAUGGGUUUGAUGAGGUGGCGGAGGCGAAGGGCGUGGCGCACACCGUGCCGGCAUUGCGAUGCGUGCUGGAGCAAGCACUGCGACACAAGGUGAAGAAGGUGGUGGAGCGUGGCCUGCAGGUGCUGGCGAAGCUGUGCGACGCCGUUGAGGCGAGCAGUGACAGUGCGGCCUCGUCUGCGCUCGCCCCCAUCUGGCAUCUCGCCGCGCCCGUUGUGCUGGCGCGAACAGGGGAGGUUGCCACCGCAACCGUGGACGAGGCGCUGGCGUUGCUGAGCCGCAUGUACAGCAUCGACCACACGCAGGUGAGCAGCGUUGCUCUUGCGCCGCUGAAGCCCACAAUCAACUGGCGGCAGGGCAAAGGCCGCGUGGCAGCGGUGUCGCGGCUCGUCAGCGACCACGGCCUGAGCAAAGCGCCCAAGGGUGGCAGGGGCGGUGCACCACCACAGCUGCGGGUGGCGGAUGUCAUGUCUGCAAUAGCGCCGGCACUGCGGCACGCGAAGGUUGAGGUGCGCGGGGGCGCCAUCACGCUGGUGGCCAAGUGCCACGUGGUUGACGCGGCGCAGACGGAGAAGCUGUGGGGGCUGAGGGAGGACAAGGACGGCGGGUUGCUCAAGGCGGUGCGACAGGCGGUUGCAAAGGAGAAGGGUGAGGCGUUGCCUGCACGCAAGCAGCGGAAGAAGCUUGGCGCUGGUGGCGGCGACGAUGAUGACGACGACAUGGACGAGGCGCAGAAGGAGGAGGUGGCACGGCUGAAGAAGCAACUCAAGGCUGUCAAGGCCGCGCAGAAGCAGGUGGAGGAGCAGCAGCAGCAGCAGCAGCAGCAACAACAACAACAACAACAACAACAGAAGAACAAGAAGAAAAGUACCAAGGCUGCUGAUGACGACGGUGAUGAUGACGAUGGCGGUCGUGAUGGUGGCGAUAGUGAUGGUGAAGCGGCAGCAGAGGAAGAAGGGGAGGAAGAGGAAAUGCCGGCGGUGAAAGGCACAAAGGCCGGGAAGAAUCAGAAAGGAGGCGAGGGCGCCAAGUUGAAGGGGAACCUGAAGCGGAACCGGUUUGGAUGGGGCGGUAAGGGCAAGAAGAAGUCUGUGCGCAUCGCCAACCCGCCCGUGUCAUAG